GAUUUUCUAAGCAUUAUCAGCUUAUUUGGAACUUCAGCAAUGGCUUCGCAAGCGAAAAAGAAUUUUAGCAUCGACGCUCUUUUAUCAAAAGGAAAAGUCACAGAAAAUUCUCCUCCAAGCUCUCCUAACUCAAGAAACUCAUCUCCUUUGGAUGAAAUUCAACAAAAAUGCAAUCCUGGUGCAUUUUUCCUUCCAGCAUUUCAAUCCCAUUUUCUGUACCCAAGCCCCGUCUCUGGACCUCCCCAUAGACUUGAUUGGCUUCAACAAGCAACUAGAGCCGCUUUGUUUCUUCCACAAAAUCUCGGAGGACCAGUUGGACUUGAUUACGGAGCAGGAUCUGCGGCAAACGCUGGAGCAACUCAAUUUUUAGUUGGCGGAAAAACGAGGCGUCCGAGAACGGCGUUUACCAGCCAACAACUUUUGGAAUUGGAAAGACAGUUUAAGUUGAAUAAAUAUUUAUCUAGGCCUAAACGAUUCGAGGUUGCGACGUCUCUAUGUUUGACCGAAACUCAGGUGAAAAUCUGGUUUCAAAAUCGGAGGAUGAAGUGGAAAAGGAGCAAGAAAUCAACUUCUCAAACAAAUUUUAAUUCUAAAGGAACAUCGAACGAGGCGCCGAGCGAAGACGUCAAUGUUUGUUCAUAGAGUGGUGCUUUCUAAAAUUGUUUUAAAGACAAACUUUCGAGAUCUGCUGAUUAUCUUUGUAAAUAAGUUCUUUCUAAUUAUAUUAAGUACAUGUACAUGUUAUUCUUUUACUUAGAUUCUUUGUCCAUCUAGUCAAGAUUUUAUGUACAUAAUUGAGUGAUUGAUAACCUAAAGCGCCAUCUCGUUUGCAUUCUAUCAUACACGCACAUAUAUACACUAGAUGGCAUUCUCGUCUAUUCAUCUAAAUAACUUUGUGUUCGUAAGCGGAAAAAAGUUCAUUACAUGAAAUUAAAGUUAAAGAUAUGGAUUACGUGUAUGUAAAUAGAUAACCUUGAAAUAAAUUGAUAUAAAUAUUCAUAUGUACGGAGUAUAUAAAAGUAUACAGAGUGUCGG